UUCCAGAUCCAAGUCCAACCUUUCACUCAUUUCAUUUACCGCCAAAUUUCGUGAUUUUCAAAAAGCCCUCCUUCUCUCUCCCCUCUUUCUUACACCGUAAAUAUGGCGAGAGAAACACAGUCCACGUCAUCAAUGGAGGAAGAAGAGGAGGAAGAAAUUUUCUCCGAUUCCGACCCAAGCGAUUCAAGCGAUGAAUACACCGUUGAUCGUCAAGAAGACGAAGAAGAAGAAGCGAACGAUCAUGACGACUACGGUGACAGUGGACAAUCCACCGCUCACCAUCCACCGUCCGAUCAAGAUCUCAAAUCUAAAAACGUCGAUGCUUUGCUAAGGGGCAACCUAAUUGUGAGGAGACAACCGCUGCUUCCACGAGUUCUUUCAGUGACAGAAGGAGCUGCAGUUUGUAGGAAACCAUUCAAGCUUCCAUGUUCUAACGGCUACAGUAAUGGGAAUGAACAGCUUGCACGUCGUCUUUGGGCCCGGAAGCGGUUUGUUCCUUGGGCCUCUUCAAGGCCAGCGUUAGUUGCAAUAACCAAUCGGCUGGAUGUAAAUAGAACAGAUGGGACCGAUGUCGUGGAAGAAAUUGUGACUCUGCCACCUGGUGUUGGUCCUCUGGUAUUGUGGCAACCUGAAGAAUCUGAAGAUGGGCCCGACAACUUAGUGCCAAUAGCAGUUGAUCCCUUGCUUGUUCGUUUUCUUCGACCCCAUCAAAGAGAAGGGGUUCAGUUCAUGUUUGAAUGUGUUUCCGGGUUAUAUAGUGCUGCUAAUAUAUAUGGAUGCAUUCUUGCUGAUGAUAUGGGUUUGGGAAAGACAUUGCAGUCAAUCACUUUACUAUAUACUCUUCUACGUCAAGGUUUUGAUGGGAAGCCAAUGGUUAAGAAGGCCAUUAUUGUUACCCCAACCAGUCUUGUCAGUAACUGGGAGGCAGAAAUCAAGAAGUGGGUUGGAGAAAGAGUUCAGCUUAUAGCUCUCUGUGAAAGCAGCAGAGAUGAUGUUGUGUGUGGAAUUGACAGCUUCACAAGUCCCUGCAGCUCUUUACAGGUAUUGAUUGUUUCAUAUGAGACAUUUAGGAUGCAUUCAUCAAAAUUUUGCCAAAGUGAGUCUUGUGAUCUUCUCAUUUGUGAUGAGGCUCACAGGCUGAAAAAUGACCAGACAAUAACAAACCGGGCAUUGGCUGCUCUCUCAUGUAAGCGCCGGAUUCUGUUAUCUGGAACUCCCAUGCAGAAUGACCUUGAAGAGUUCUUUGCAAUGGUCAACUUCACUAAUCCAGGGAUUUUGGGUGAUGUUGCAUACUUUCGUCGCUACUAUGAGGCACCAAUUAUUUGUGGAAGAGAACCAACUGCUAGUGAAGAAGAGAAGAUGCUAGCUUCAGAACGUUCUUCAGAAUUAAGUGCAAAAGUGAAUCAGUUCAUAUUGAGGAGGACUAAUGUGUUGCUAUCAAAUCAUCUGCCUCCAAAAAUAGUUGAAGUAGUUUGCUGCAAGUUGACUCCUCUACAGUCCGAGUUAUACAACCAUUUUAUACACUCCAAAAAUGUUAAACGAGCCAUCACUGAAGAAGCAAAGCAAUCGAAGAUAUUGGCUUAUAUUACAGCUCUUAAGAAGCUAUGCAAUCAUCCAAAGCUCAUUUAUGAUACUAUAAGAAGUGGAAGUCCAGGAACUACAGGUUUUGAGGACUGUAUGCGCUUUUUCCCACCAGAAAUGUUCUCAGGAAGAUCUGGAUCAUGGACUGGUGGUGAUGGGGCUUGGGUUGAACUGUCUGGGAAAAUGCAUGUAUUAGCCCGAUUGCUGGCUCAUCUGCAUCAGAGAACUGAUGACCGCAUUGUUCUUGUCUCAAACUAUACACAGACGCUGGACCUAUUUUCUCAAUUGUGUCGUGAAAGAAGAUAUCCGUACUUGAGGCUUGAUGGAACCACAUCAAUUAGCAAAAGGCAGAAACUAGUUAAUCGUUUUAAUGACCCCACCAAGGAUGAGUUUGUGUUUCUAUUAAGUAGCAAGGCUGGUGGUUGUGGUCUCAAUUUGAUAGGUGGUAACCGGCUUGUCUUGUUUGAUCCUGAUUGGAACCCUGCUAAUGAUAAGCAAGCUGCUGCAAGGGUCUGGAGAGAUGGGCAAAAAAAGAGAGUUUACAUCUACAGAUUCCUAAGCACUGGAACAAUUGAAGAAAAGGUGUACCAGCGUCAAAUGUCGAAGGAAGGGCUUCAAAAAGUUAUCCAGCAGGAGCAAGUGGACAGCCUUAUGGCACAGGGAAACUUUUUCUCAACAGAAGAUUUACGUGACCUUUUCACAGUUUAUGAUAAUGUGAGGUCUGAAAUUCAUGAAAAGAUGAAUUGCAACCGUUGUGAAAAUUAUGAUACUGGCCCUGAGAAUAUAGGAGAGCAGGAAGAAUAUGAAUCAAAAAAUGGAAGUUCUGGAUCUGAUCAAGAAGUUUUUGACGUAGGUGGAUUUGCAGGAUUAGCCGGAUGUUUGGAUAAGUUAAAGAGCUCAGAAAAACAGGUGGGGACUCCCUUAGAAGAGGAUUUAGUUAGCUGGGGGCAUCAUUUUCGCUCAGAAUCAGUUCCUGAUGCUAUUCUUCAAGCUUCAGCUGGUGAUGAGGUCACAUUCGUCUUCACAAAUCAAGUAGAUGGGAAGCUUGUUCCUAUUGAAUCAAAGGUAAACCCAAGGAUGCGGGAAAAGGAAGGAAAUAAGAGCCAAAAUAUAGGAAAGGCAAACAUGAUCGAAACAGAAGGAACUAAGAUCCAGAAGACCGCCAAGCAAAACCUGGAUUCUAAGUCAAACUUUUUGUCCAAACAUCACAAAUUAUUAAAUUCUGUUUCUUCAACUAGAAAUUCUUUGAGGGUAACACCUGUUACUUCCUCCACCCCUUUCCAAGGGCAAAUUGUGAAAUCGAUGAGAAGUUCCCUAAGAGGUGAACUUCAUGAUUCAAUAAAGGGUGGACUUUCUCUUGGAAAUCAAUUACCCCUGAAAAGAUCAUCCCCUGCUUCUGUAGAACAUGAUGAUGAUUUUCAAUGAAGCUUUUGGCAGCAUAUAUAGAGCAUUAUAAA